UUUUUUUUUUUUUCUUCGGUUUUUUCUUCUUUCUUUUUUUUUUUUCUGCUCAAAAACUCUCGCUUUUACAUGACUGCUUUCCUGCAAUCCAAGCUACACGGCAUCGGCGAGUUUCUGACGCCGGUGCUCAAGGCGUCCAAGUUCAAAGAGACUGGCGUCAUCACCCCCGAAGAGUUCAUUGCUGCGGGUGACUUUCUCGUCUUCAAGUGCCCAACGUGGUCAUGGGAAAGCGGAGAAGAGUCGAAACGCAGAAACUUUCUGCCUCCGGACAAGCAGUUUCUCGUAACUCGCAAUGUGCCCUGUUUCAAGCGAGUCAAGAGCAUGGAAUACUCUGAAAACGACGAGCGUGUCGUUGAGGGUGACGAUUGGGUCGAGACUCACAUUGGCCACGAAUCCUUGCAAAAGACCGACCUGCAAGAAAUCCCUGGCGACAGCAGCGCAAUCACCGCCAAGAGCCACGCAUCCGCGGCCAAGGACGACGACGAUGACGACGUCCCCGACAUUGAAGACGCCGAUGGUGAUGACGAUGACAUUCCCGAUAUCGACGAGUUUGAAGAAGAUAAUUUGGAAGCCUGCGAUCCGAGCGCCCUUGCUGCUCCAUCCGCGGCCGCUGGAGAUGCGGACGACAAUAUUUUGCGGACACGCACAUACGACUUGUACAUUACUUACGACAAGUACUACCAGACACCUCGUCUUUGGCUGUUCGGGCACGACGAGAGCCGAAAGCCUCUGUCUGUGACCAAGAUGUAUGAGGAUUUCAGCCAAGAUCACGCCAAGAAGACUGUGACGAUGGAGGCGCACCCCAAUCUCUCAAUCACCAUGGCAUCCAUCCAUCCAUGCCGACAUUCGAACGUCAUGAAGAAGAUCAUUAGCAACGUCGAAGUGGCUGGCAAAGAGCUGGGCGUUCAUCUUUACCUUAUGAUUUUCCUCAAGUUUGUGCAAUCCGUGAUUCCAACGAUCGAAUACGAUUACACGCGCGAGUUUUCGUUCUAGCGAUGCGAUGCUCUCUGUUUGCUGUUUUUGGUAGUCUUGGGUAUUUUGUUUUGUUUUUGUGUGUGUGUUGUUUUUCAGUUCGCACCCAUUUUUUCUGGAUUUUGGCUUCAAAAAGAAUGGUUUGCGUGUUUGUUGUUGCUUUGUCGUCCUGUGUGUUUGAUGCGUGGCAUUUCAUUGCUGUGCUUGUUGUUUUCUUUCUGUUGUGGUGUAUGAUUGUGGGUUUUCCCGCUCUCCCUUGUCUCUUAAUGAAGACGUUGAUUCAUUCCAAAA